AUGAGGAACUUUGACUCUCUAAUAGUUUUACUUGUCUGCAGUCUCACUUGGAUCCCUGUAUCACAACCUUUGGAGGUUCAGUCUGAAAAAGAAGUCACGCUGCUGUGCUCCAACUUUUCCGGUUCUCCCACACACAUAUUCUGGUUCAGAGUGACCAAGAGAGCCAAACUCACCUGUAUCGCUGCGAUGUUCCAGCCUCAUGAACCUGCUUCAUUCUGCGAUGGAUUUCAAAAUGGAAAAUUUGAAAUGAGCACCAACAUAUCAACUGUGUUUCUCAAAAUUAAACAAGUGGAUUUAUUGGACUCUGGACUUUAUUUCUGUGGAUUUAAAAUACAGAGCAGUCCAGUUAUUGUCGAAGCAACAGAUUUAGUGGUCCAAGACACUUUUAUCGGAUUACCAAAUGUGAUGAGUGUGAUCCUCGGUGUUCUGACUGUUUUCCUCAUCACAGUCAUCGUUUGUCUGGCUGUUAAAAUCAAAAAGCUUCAGAAAGCUCACACUGGAGAAGAGAAUCUGAAACGACAGAGUCUGCCAGUAGAUGGAAGGAAAGACCUGCGGAAUCGCUCCGUCCCACGUCGUGGGUGCCGCAGCCUGCCAGUGAAAGAGCUGCUCAGUGCUGCCAGAGUCUCCUGCAUGGGGUGGGAGAUGUUGUCCAAUGGGGAUGACAGCUUAGCCACCAUCAUCCUGUCACUCACCACCUCCACUGGCUCCAGGGGGCUUCUAAAGUUGGCCCUCCGGAUCAGCCUGUUCAGUCUCUUUCUGUCCCCAGCCGUGAUGUUGCCGCCCCAGCAGACCACACCGUGA